AUGGCAACCACGGUUCUAGGAAAGCGCUCCCGAACUGCAAUCGACCUCGAAGAACCACUGCCUCUGCGAUCUGGGAGCAAGCGCCGUGCGCGCACUCCUCGAAUUCACGAAGAAGAUGAACCUCCAUCUGCUCUACCAACAACCCGCCGCAGAUCAAGGGCUGUAGACAGUGUCGGCCCGUCAGCCGAAAACGACGCCAGUAUCAGAAAAUCGGCGAUCGGUAAUAGUCGUUCGAAACGUAUCGUUCGAAACGAAAAUACCCUAUCACCACCAAAAAUCGACUCGCACUUCAAGGCCUCUAAGCCGGUUAACAAUGAAAAUGUUAAGCCAGUCGAAUUCAAGACUCCGCAGUCCAAGCGGUUUCGAGAUGCGCUCGCCAAUUCUCCUCCAGUCACACCAAAACACCGAGUCCAGAUUGGAACCAAGUCGUUGACUCCCCGUACGCCUAGGAAUGCGGGAACCCCCGCAACCAGCAUAACAGUCUACACUCCUGCCCGGCAAAUGUUUGCGCGCAGUGCGAACCCUGGCCGUCUAGUUGGGCGAGAGAAGGAACGAGCUGAAUUGUCUUCGUUUCUGGAAAAUGGCAUGCGGUCGCGCCAAGGGGGUUGUCUCUAUGUCAGCGGUCCUCCUGGGACUGGGAAAAGCGCCAUGCUUGACGAGGUAUGCCGGGAUUUGGAUCUGCAUUCGGUCGUCAAGUCUACGCAUGUCAACUGUGUGAGCAUGCGAACCGCUCGAGACAUCUAUGGCAAACUCAUCGAGACUCUGUGCGACGACUCGGAAGUUUUCUCAAUGAGCGAGACGGAGAAGCUCAAGUCGAUGUUCAUUCCUGCUCAAAAAUCGGCAAACUUGUACCUGGUGACCUUGGACGAGAUUGACCAUCUUUUGACAGCAGACCCGGAAAUUCUAUACUCACUCUUUGAGUGGUCUUUGCACAGCAAGUCACAUUUGCUUCUUAUUGGAAUCGCCAAUGCAUUGGACCUCACAGAUCGGUUUCUGCCUCGUCUCAAAUCCAAUAACUUGAAACCUACUCUACUUCCGUUCUUGCCCUACAGCGCUGCUCAGAUUGCCAACGUGAUUACCGCUCGUUUGCGAUCGCUCUUACCGGAUAAUGAAGCCAAGGGUGCCGGAGACUUCGUGCCUUUUAUGCAGCCUGCCGCAGUCCAGCUAUGCGCCAAGAAGGUUGCAUCCCAGACAGGAGACCUACGAAAGGCGUUUGAUUUGGUGAAGAGAGCCGUUGACGUGAUCGAACAAGAGACCCAGAAGAAGCUGGAAAAGGACGAUGCCAACAGGGUUGAUCAAAGUCCGUCAAAACCCGCUCUAACGGAGAAGCUCAAUAUGUCGUCGCCUCCCAGGACUCCUAUCGACAAACCAAGCACUUUGGCCAAUAUGUAUACCGCUCUAACUGCACCAAGGGCGUCUAUUGCCCAUGUGGCACGCAUCACUGCUGCAGUCUUCAGCCAAGGAACCAUGCAGCGGUUGCAGGGACUCAAUCUGCAGCAAAAGGCGGCUCUGUGUGCCCUCGUGGCCCUCGACAGAAAGCGGCGCAGUGGCAAAGUCUGUCUUACUCCAUCCAAGACAAAGACAACCGCACCAACCGUGCGAGAACUCUUCGAGACGUACUGCUCUUUGUGUCGGAUGGACAACGUGCUUCAUCCGCUAACGGCUACGGAGUUCAAGGAUGUAGUGGGUAGUUUGGAGACCCUGGGUCUAGUUGGUGAAUUCCAGGGCCGCGGAAGAGGAGGGACGAUUGCCGGCGGCUCAGGAAUCCUACGCACGCCAUCUAAGAGCGGCAGCUCUACGCCUUUCAAGGGCAGUGAUGAAAAGGGGCUUGCUUGCUUUGUGACGGAGAAAGAGAUUGUGGAUCAGAUUUCCGGGCCCGGUGAAGGAAUUCUAAAGGCGAUGUUGUCGGGUGAAUGUCUAUAA